AUGUUGGGAUCUGUUGUAGCCAGUCUCUUGCUCGCUCUGCUACCUGCCCUUUUCAUUUUAUUUUCCGCAGAGGCAGAUCCAGGGCAGAUCUGCAAGUACCACGAUGUGGUUGAGUACCUGAACAUCACCUCUAACAGUGAUCUCUUCUUAUACACCAAACCCAAGAGGAACUGGAAAGAGCCUGUGGAAGUGGAGCUGGAUUUUACUUUUGCCUCCAUCAUCUCCAUAAGAGAAAAGUUGCAGACAGUGACUUUCUAUUUCUGGCUGACAAUGGAAUGGAAAAAUGAUUUUGUGUCUUGGAAUCCCCUGGACUUCUGCAAUAUUUCUUCCUUCUCUAUGCCAGCAAGUCUCUUCUGGGCACCAGAGAUCUUCAUUGAUGAGCAAGCAGAUGAAGACAAGUCUACAACGAGUCUCUUUGUCCAUGUGCAAAGCAACGGGCAGAUCAAGAAAGUCCAGGUGUAUCGUCUCACUGCCUCCUGCGGUUUGCUAACUGACAAGUUUCCCUUUGAGAAACAGAGGUGCAACAUAUCUAUUUUCUCCACUGUAUACCCAGUUCAGGACUUGAUCCUGAAGAAUAUUAAAACCUCGGAGGAGGCCACUCGGAGCAGCCUCAGUUACCACCUCACCCACGGAGAGUGGAAAUUCAUAAACCUCAGGGUCCUACAUCACAACGGUUCUGCAGAUGGGAUGUACUUUAGUGUGGUCACCUAUCAGAUCGUCAUGCAGAGGAGACCUAUUUUACAUGUUUUAAAUAUGAUCCUCCCGACCUGCGCCCUCUUCUUGCUGGAUAUAGCCAUUUCCUUCACACCAGCCUCUUUUGACUUCAAAAUUAACUUCAAGAUCACCCUUAUCCUGGAGGUCUGUGUUUUAUCUUGGAUCCUGAAUGAUAUUCUGCCUGCUGCCUCUGACAGUCCACCAGUAAUAGCUAUGUUUUUCUCGGGUGUAUUCUUGUCCAUGGUCAUUUGUCUGUUGGAGAACUGCUUGUUGAUGACCCUGAAGGAAAGAAAGCCCCUAAGAUCUUUACUGAAUGCAAGGAAGCUGCUGCUGAGAUUCUUUAAGAAGGAGAAGAAAACGUCUGGGAACCUUGCAACUCAUCACGAUGAGGUACCUCCAGGACAAGGGGAGACCUGGGACCCUAACCUGACUGGAAAGGAAGGGAAAGAGACCGUCUUGUUUCUGAAAGAGCUCCACUCAGAACUACAAAUCAUCCAACAAUUAGCUUCCUUGCAAGACGAGGACCAAGCUGAGCUGGAAUGGGAGCAGACCCUGAUCUUCCUGGAGAAAGUAUUUUCCUACACUCAUCUGAUCGCCUCCGUUCUGUUUUUUGCUUUUAUUACCAUCAAAUGGAGCUAUUAGCUACGAAGCUGCCUGUGACCAUCUGUGUCAUCGGAGAAGACGCAGUCACCACGGGGAGCUAAAGGAAGGAGAGAGGAAUUAUAUUGAUUGCCUUGCAAGGCAUUCUGUCAGUCUGGCUUUUUAAACUCAGCGCUGCUAACUUCACUAAUCAGUAAUGAGUGUGUAAAGGGGCAAUAGUUAUUCUCAAGUGAGUUAUUGACUCUGGCAACUCAUAGAAAAUGGAUGGGAGGGACCUUGAAAGGUCAGCUAGUCUAUCCCUUACCCCAGUACAGGAUCAGCUGUAGCUGAGUAAUAAUGGGCUAGAUCUGUGGCUAGAUAGUUGCCUAACCUACUCUCUAACUCCAUUAAUGAAGAGUCUAAAACCUUCCUAGAUAGAUAAUUGUCGUCUUGUAAUUGCUGUAUGUUGCUAGAUGAGCCUUCUGAUUGCAUGAGACAUAAUAAAAUAUGGGACCGUU